AUGCUCACGCACUCGGGGCCGACAGAUACACUCGCCGUUUGCGAGGUCUGGUUCUCUUCAGACCCGCUGAGACCAGCGCUCGGGAAAGAAAAAAAGAAAAAAAAGAAACGAGCGAGAACGGGCAUUCUGGGGCGUGGUGGAAGGAGCUGGGUUCGCUUCUUCUGGACGGAUUCCAACUUUCUCGGGUUUCAUCAUCGUCAGCUGGGAGUCCUCCAGAAAAUCUUUCGGAGGGGCCGCCGUUCCAUGAAAGGGAACUUGGAGAGCCUUGGCCCGAUGCCCUACAAGAUGACAGUCUUGGCCAAAGAGGACGUCUAUGAGGCCACGAGGCUCAAGAUGGCUGAGGCGGAAGAGGAGAGCAAGAAGAACAGGACCCAGAUGCUGAAGCCCUCAGGCCCAUACAUUGGGCGAAAAGUGAAGGUGAAGAAGCCAGUGACCCCUGCAGCUCCUCAUCCUCUUCCACCGUCUUCUUCGGCGUCUUCCCUCUCGUCCCCCUUCCAAGUCGGCAAACCCAUCUCGCCCCUGCUCGGCGGCCUCUCUCCGAAGCCCCCCCCUGCAGUACCCAGUAAGAUCACCUCGAAGCCACCCGGGAACCCCGACAUCAUGCGGCGACCCAUCCGGGAAAGAAUAAUUCACAUGCUGGCUCUCCGCAACUACAAGAAGCCAGAACUCCUCACGGUGCUUCUCAGAGAUGGAUUGCGAGAGAAGGACAGGAACACUGUGUCGACUGUCCUGCAGCAGGUGGCCAUUCUGAGGGACAACUCCUACAUGCUGGCACGUCAUGCCUGGAAUGACGUCCAGGAGGACUGGCCCUUCUACUCAGAGGAGGAAAAGCAAAAACUUCGCUGGAAGAAGCCACAGACCCUGACGCCUCCAGGGAGUGAUUCGAGCGGAAAUUCUCCCUCGCAAGGUGGUGCCAGCCCCUCAGGGAGCAAGAGAAGUUCCUCUGCGAUGUUGGCUGGCCCCGACGCCCACCUUCAAUCGAAGAAGCUACGCAUUUCCCAUUAUCGCCGCCCGACUCCCGCACCAAGCACGCAGAUGACCAGCCUGAUCGCCGGUUCAGCCAUGGAUGAUGCCCCGGUCCCGCCGUCGGGCCUCGGCCGAGCUUCCAAGGACCCUUUUCAAGUGAAAGGUGGUGGGAACGAACGGAAUGGUGCGAGUGCACAGUGCAGUGGUAGUGGAUCGACAAAUGCGACAACUUCGAGUAGCGAUUGGCCUGUGAUGUCCUCGUCUGCCUCCUCGGUCUCCCUCACGCCCGAUUCGAGUCCCGACUCUCAAGCUGACGGUACUCUUCAGCACUCCAACCUGGAUCAUUCUCUGCAGCCUUCUCCUCUCAGGCAGAAUAAGAGGAUAGAGAAUGCAGAGCAGAAGCAGAGAUACAAGGCAGAGUUUAACGGCCGGUUUCCUGAAUACCAGGAACUUUAUGGUCAUGUGAUGAAAGUUUCUCAAAAGUUUGCUCAACUCGAUCGACGGCUCCAGGACUACCCCGAAGGAUCUGAACAUUGGCAGGCGGUGCGGAAUCAAAUCUAUAAGGAAUACGAGGACACGAUAAAGAACCCAAAGUUCAUCGAGAUGAAGCGCCGUUUCCACUAUCUCCACGACAAGCUCUCCCACAUCAAGGAACUCAUCGCAGAUUACGACAAGAGGACGCGAGCCGGCCUCUUGCGCUUGUGACCCGACUGCCAACACCUUUCCCGCUGAUUGUGUGUACAUCUCACUUUUCUCUCACUGUGAUGAAGCAUUGCGAAGACAGACCUGGUUCUAAUCAGGCAGAGAAGUAUGAGGAUGAGAUGGAGAAGCAAGAAUAUAUAAAGUUAAAAAAAUAGCAAAAAAAAAAGGAACACCUUUGGUUGGGGAGGUUGGGAUCUGCAUGCCCAGGUGAUGUUUCAACAAUUGGGAUCUAGAGGAAUCAUUUUGCUCAGUUUGUGAAAGUAGUCACAGCUUUGGAAAUUUAUCUGUGUUAGAAAGAUGAUGAUGGUGAUGAUGAUUUGAAUGCAUUCCUUGCCUUCCCCCUGAGGGGUUUUUUCUGCACAUCGGGUGAAGGGACCUUUUUUUUCUCAUGGUGAGACAACGAAAAGGAACAAUUUCACAUGGGCCUUUUUCCAUAGAUGGCUUAAAAUAAGCCCUGCACUUAAUGUGCUAUGAACCAUGUCUUGCUUUGAUGGAAUUGUCUUUCUCCGUUGAUGGCCUCUGUUGAUAGUGGCCUUAUGUCAGAAAUUGUGGUUGAUUGGGGAUAACACCUUCCUCCCAUGACGAGGAGCUCUCUUGCAGUUCCCCAUUAAAGAAUUAAAAAUACAAGAAUGUACAUUUCAAGUAUUCUCUUCCAUUUAUUUGCACAUUGCUCCCAGUGUAUUGCAGUGUUUCAUGUAGCAAGAAAUGAACGCUUCAGUUGGGCAAUUUACAUAGUUAAAAUAUUCACCUUGCAUCUGAUAGAGCCAUUGUUGCAUAAAGUAACAUGCAUUUCUCUGCAAGCAUGAGUUAUAGCUGGAAUCCCUUUACUAUAGAGUGCCUAAAAAUAAACUGGCAGAUUACUAUGUUAUACACAUUGCUGGAAGUAUCAUUGGAGCUGCUAUCCAUUGGUAUGUGCCAGGCUUAUUCUGAUCCAUCUAUGGAAGAAGGACCCGAUUCCAUAUGAAAUGAACUUAGCGGAGAAUCAGAUGACGACCAAAGGCCUGGAUGAGAGGAUUUACCCCACUGUUCAUGUUCUUUGUGCAUUUCUGCCUCAAGUCAGUCUGUCUUCCUUUAGGUUUUCCUUUUUUCCUUUCUUGUCUGUGUCUGACGUUCUGUUUGCACGGACGUUUCCAUGCCAUGGUUGACUCGUUGGAACAACGGCCGGGCCGUCGAAUCGAGGAGCCUUCGUAAUACCUCUGGCGUACUCUCUCUCGUUGCUUCGACCGCUCGCCCACUCGUCAGUUGUCGCUCGCUCGCCUUUUCGUGCCAUUAUGCUGCAGAAUCGCUGCUGAAGACGACCUUUUAGCGAGUGAGCGACACGUCGCAUUCCUCCUCAGUCAUCAGAUCUAGUCAUGGGCGAGAAAAACAGGGAUCAUGGCAACCUGCGAUCUAAGUCAGCCGUGUGCCCUCUGAUUUUUCCCUGUUUUCUCUUUCUCCCUCUGUAACUGACUGCAUUCCAUGCCUCCAAAGGGGAAUUGAAGGUAACGGGUGGAAAAACUGGUUGAGUUUGGCAAUUUGGUUGUUGGAUGCUGCGAUCUCAGUCCCUGCAUCUCCAGUUCGUGUUGGUUCAUGGCUGAGCCAUUCUGGGUGAUAUUUGCAUGUUUUGCAGUUGCAGGGCCUAAAUCUUUCUCUUUUGAGAGUGAAUUUAUCCCACAGUUUUGGGUCAUUGGCCCACUCGCUGCCUAAAAUCCCCAAUGGACAAAGCAGAAAAAAUAUGGAAUUCAUUCAUACUACCUUCACAUUCUAUCUCUCUCUGCCUGUCUCUUUGUAGAUACUUCAUGUCCGCAUAUUGAAUACCAGAUCAUGAUUUUUUUUUUUAAACAAGGAUAUGAAGUAACAUAUCCUGAAGCAUUGUGAUAAGUACUAUGUAGCAUUGUUACUUGUGUGUGUCCAUAUGCCCCUGUGUUGAAUCCCUGGUGCAGGCAUUUUUUUUCCUCCCUUCCCUUUCCUUGUUAUUUCUUUUUUUUUUUGCUUCUCUCUACUCUGCGAUAUCUGUGUGUUCGUCUCGGAAGCCCAGCCGUUCUUGGUGGGCUCGUGGCACGUCCUCCAUUGGGCCGAGAGAAAUAGUCCUUUUGUUUCUUGUAAGGAGGUCAAGCUGAUAUUUAUUUUUUUGGAGUUCAUGUUCCCUCUUUUCCUUUCCUUGGUCUCCUCAGUUUUUUUGGGGGGAGAGAUGGGGGUCAGUUCUGGGUCCUGUUUUAGGGUUUUGGUACGAUUGGCAUGGACAGGCCUUUUUUUUUCCACGAGUAUCGUUCAUGUUCACACUUGUCAAGCCUUGUGACGUGUGCCUCAUCCAUUUCCAUGCCUGGUUUGAUGGUAAAGACAGACUAAAUUGUGUUUGAUAUAUGAUGGCAUUAUUAAGUGAUGUUAGCGUCUCUUGCUGGCAUUUCAUGUCACCUGGGUUGUAGGAAUUUGCCAUAUUAGAGAAGUUCAUCAGAUGUUUGCAUUUACACAAAGUGCUAUUGAAUUCUUCCUUUGUCCAUGACUCUUAGACAUUGAAGGGCUUUGCAUAAGGUAUGAUGCAAGUUUUGGAAUGUGCAAAGUCGGUCUAAAUGCCAAUCCCGAGUUCCUUCAUGCCACUGCACUAGGCCCUGCAAUCUCAAAUUUAAAAAAGUAAAACCGUGGAGUGAUAUGUCUGGAUUCUAAUGUCUCGAUCCUCACGUGAUUGUGAUGUGAGUACAUAUGCCAAGCCUGUUUCUUACUCUUGGAUCGAAGCAUCUCAGAGAGAUGCCAGCCUGUGAUUUCCAGUCUCAAGAAGCAAGACUAUGAUCCCCCAGCCCAAGCAUAAUGUAUCAAAAAUGCAAAAAAAAAGGGAGAAAAAGUGUUAUCUUUGGCCUCAUCUUAUCUUCUUCCUCUUUAUGGUCUCUCCCUGUAUCUAUAUUUGUUGUCACUUCAGGCUCCUCCGAUUCUCUCGCUCGGAAUAAAGCAGCCUGUUCAUGGCAGACACAUUGA